AUGUCCUCGCAAUCCCACCACGGUCAUUCCGCGACGUCACGUCAAUUCCCUGUCUACAAUCCCGUCGCCGCAGUGACGGCACCUGCGGGGACCUUGCUUCCGGGCACCAAGAUUCAAGUUGGCGGCCAUCGCGUGGUAGUGGAGAAGUACCUCUCUGAAGGCGGGUUUGCUCAUGUCUACGUGGUGCGACUGCCUCAGCCAGUCAAUGGGUCCGAAACCGCUGUGCUGAAGCGGGUGGCCGUGCCUGACAAGGCGGCCCUUGCCAACAUGCGCACUGAGGUGGAAACCAUGAAGAAGCUCAAGGGUCACCGGCACAUUGUGAAGUACAUUGAUUCGCAUGCCUCGCAGCUGCACGGAGGUGGAUAUGAGGUGUUCCUGGUCAUGGAGUACUGCGCGGGUGGUGGCCUUAUCGACUUCAUGAACACCCGGCUUCAACACCGGUUGACAGAGCCGGAGAUAGUCAAAAUCUUCUCCGAUGUCGCUGAAGGUGUUGCAUGUAUGCAUUAUCUUAAACCGCCCCUCCUCCACCGUGAUCUGAAGGUUGAGAACGUUUUGAUCUCGGGCAAGGGGAGUUCUGCCACCUACAAACUGUGUGAUUUUGGAUCAUCGGCACCCCCUCGUCCUGCUGCUACUUCCGCCGCCGAGGGCCGCUUGAUUGAAGAUGAUGUGCAGCGCCAUACGACGCUGCAGUACCGAAGCCCAGAGAUGAUUGAUGUCUAUCGGAAGCAACCGAUUGACGAAAAGAGUGAUAUCUGGGCACUUGGUGUGUUUUUGUACAAAUUGUGCUACUAUACAACCCCCUUCGAAGAGGUUGGUCAGAUGGCUAUUCUCAACGCGACCUUCAAAUACCCUUCCUACCCUUCAUUUUCGAGUCGGCUAAAGCUAUUCAUUGGCUCAAUGUUGAAGGAAGAUCCCCGCAAUCGUCCCAACAUAUACGAGGUCGUGCGCGAGGUGUGCAAAAUGCAAGGAAAGGAAGUUCCUAUCAAAGACAUAUAUUCCAACCGCUCUGUUUCGGAAGCGCGCAAGUAUCAAGAGCUGCCGCCCACACCCACGGAAGCUCCUGCCGUGGGCGCAGUAUUUUCGCCUCCGAUGCAGGAGACCGAGAUAAUCCCAGAGAUUGCGCCUAUGCGGCGUGGUCGACCCGGAAAAUCCCCGUCGUCCCAAGCUAGCUCCGAGAGACCGAGUCCUUCGCCCUAUCGAGCCGCUGCUGAAGGUUCGUCAAAUGAUCCGUUUGCAGCCCUAGAUGGGAGCGCAGCCCGAAAGAAGACGGCAGAGGAAAUGUCCAAACGAUUCCCCUCCUUGGACCAGUUUGACAUUUUGCAUGAAAAAGGGGACAAGUUUGAAUUCGAGCCAACAGUAGAAUCUAAGCCCGAGGACGAGGAUCUAUCUCGAAGACUCACCAACGCCCUAGCCGAUGAUGCUUUUACCCGACGUGUCUCACCCGAACGUGCGCCGAAGCCAGUCUAUAAGCGACCAUCCCAGGCUUCUCCUGUCCGAGCACCUGAUUUGCAUGAAAUUCCUGCGCCGAAGGCUCUUCCCUUGUACCAGCCAACUCCUCAGCGGCCCGCGAUGGUGUCGACGGGUACCAUGACCUCACCCAUCCAAACACCUCGUUUGCCGGAGCCAAAGUUGCUCAGUCGCCCAAUCUAUCGAUUCCCUUCGUCUGAUAAUGAACACCGAUCUUCCAGCGAGCCAUUUACAACUGAGGAGGAGCAAAGAGUGAUACGGCCGCACAAAGCGCCAUCCCCUCCGAUGUCGAGUUUGAAUGUGGAAGGAAGCUCGCGGCUGCCAUCUGACCGUAUAUCCAGCCAGUCUAACUCUGCGCGCCCAUCGAUGGAAGCCUUGAGACGGCCUUCGACAUUAGAGGUAAAUGAUCCCUUGGGACGUUCCAAAUCCGCUAUUGGAAAGGCUCGGCCGAUGUCAGUCCAGUCCGGAGCGAGAUAUGACUUGCCGCGUGACUCCGAGAGCCCGCGAUCUUCGCUGGAUAUGUCCCGCCUGCAAUACGAGGGCGGCGCGCCACUACGCUCAGUGCGUACCGAAGUGGAUCGUGAGUCUGAUCGGACUAUUUCCUCUGAUGUUGAUUACCUACGUGCGAUGGAAGAAGAAGAGAGCAAUCGGAAGCGCGAGAAACGCUCUAGUAAUAGCCACAAACACAACAAGCGCGGUAGUCUGUCUACUUUGUCGCUUUCAGGAGGAAAAAACCUAUUUGCUAGUCGAUUCGGCGACGCAUUCCGCCGAUUCGAGGCAGGCAACCAAGAAAAAUCCUCAUCGCCAUCGGCAGAGGAUGCGCCUCGGCAGGGUCUGAUUGGGGCGUCGGAUUCAGCCGAUGAAGGCCUUUCGCCGAAUGACGAGAUUACCGUGGAAGACGUGGACCGGGACGACAUAUCACCAGAGAUGCGCCGGGAGUUGGAACGCCGCCGACUCUCCCAAGAGGAGAAACGAGUUGCCAAUGCCGCAGCUGAGUACCGGCGCCGGGUUACCGAAACAGGCGACGGGGGUGGAAGAGCGCUAGGUGAUGGCGCACGCUCCCGCACGAUUCAGAAUAAGGUACAAUCGUUGCUUGGAGAGUCCGAAAAACCGACCGUUCCAAAGACUGCUACUGGGUAUGGACGGUUCACGGAGACUUCCUCUUCUUUGCAGGCAAAGCAGAGUGAGGCCAGAUCUACCACCACCACCAGCCAGCUGCCCGCUUCUCACAAAUCCGGCCCGAUCUACACUCCCCGUGACGGUUCAAUGGCACUCCCGGAUCGUCCAGACGGCCCCAAUAUCUCUGCAGGUCUCCCGCAAUCUGUCGCCCCUACCAGUUACCCAUCCACGCAACGUCCCGCAACUCGACCAGCUGCACCACCCAAGCCCAAGAAUUUGCGCGCUGGCCCAGCCACCUCGCGACCGGGUACUGGUCAUGACAAUGGUUCCUCCCAAGAGACUGCAGCAAGCCCUGGAGAAGACUGGGAGGCCAAAUUCAGCCAGCGUUUCCCAAGCUUGUCUGGACUUGAAAUGGAGACAGAGAUCAAAAUCCCGAACCUUUCGAGCUUGAGGACGCGGGAAGUGUAGAGUAUAGGAUACAAGUCUUGUUUGUUUCACAUGAUGCAGGUUCAGCGUGUGUUCGUGUGUUCGCCCGCGGGCGCAACUCGGGGAAUGACAUUGGCCCCCCCGAGCUAUGCAUAUAUAGACAGUGACAUAUUGGAC